AACCAGCAAAUUGUUGAAACUAGACGCUUUUUUCUACACUAAGUAAUCAAAGGCCAUCACGUCCACAGAACCGAAAUUAUGCCACCAGUUAGAACGUCAAUGACCAAAAGAGCGUCCAGGAAGCGGAGGGAGACUAUAGGAACCCCAUCGAGAGGCAGAGGGCACCGGUGCAGGCAAAGCACUAGGCCCAGGACAAAUCUCUCGCCAACACGCCGGGCCCCGGCCGAGGCAACAGGCGCCGAAGGAAUUCCCGCACUUCCUCUGCCAUCCGAUACUAUACAACCGAGGUUGACACCACAAAUAGAACAAAGCAUCCCUGGAAUCCCCAGUGGAAGCGGUACCCCAACCAUUUGGAUAAUGGGAUCAUCAAUUCCAUUCUGGGCAGGCCAUCAUGCUGCAACCUACCGAUCAGGGGGAAGUAACCUUAAUUUACCUGCCACAAUUACUUGGUUAGGGCAUAGGGGUAUGCAUUGGUAUCAGUUAGACAAGGCAGUUUCUGAUUAUUUACUUCAGUAUUCUCCACCCAAAUUUCUAUUGAUACACCUUGGAUCUAAUGAUUUAAGUACACCAGAUUUAACAAGCAUUAAACUUAUUCAUCAAAUACAGUGCAGCCUGUAUCGCUAUAACGCACUUUUUCCAAGUACCACUUUAAUCUUUUCCUCAAUGUUACCUAAGCUGUACUGGCAUGGUGCCUCUCCAACAGCAAGUGCAAAAAUUAACAAGAAACAGCUCAAAGUUAACAAGUCUAUCAAAAAGUUUAUAACUACUGAAGUAAAUGGCUGUUACAUAAACAAUUACUCAACCAUUAAAAUCUCGGAAAUACAAUUGUCCAGGCAUGAUGGUACCCAUUUGUCAAAAACUGAACUUGAGGUUUACCUUAAUAACCUGCAGUCUGCUCUACACAUGUUUUUAAACAAGAGAACCAAUGUAUAUCCUCCAAAUUAACUCAAUGUUUUAUUUCAAGUACUUAAUUUUUGUGGGGGGACAUAGUGUCUAUGUCCUGUGGCGGGGACUGGGGGAUACUUUUGUGUAUGUUGGGAUCAAGUGGCCCCAUAACCUGGUUGUCUCCCCACCCUGCCUCAAAGCAGGGGGGCGUUUUGGUAUGUGAUACAUAAGUACAUGUAGCACAUAAGUUGUCUAAAGUAACAUGAUAUGGUAACAUCCGUGGUUCAUGGCCUGUCAUGGCUGGUUCCACCUCCACCUCGCACAAGCGGGGGGAGGCCACAGUCUGGUAAAGUAAAUGGGUACACCAGGUGGCGCUGGAGACAGGGAGAAGGGCAGUCCCGCAUUCACUGGUCCAGAACGUGGUGACCGUUCGGAUCGGGCACUUGUGCUUACACUCGGCCCCCCAUGUGCCCAUUGUUAAUUUGGUACAUUUGUAGGUAUCCCCCGUCCCCCACAAAAAAUUGCGGCCUUUUAUCUCCAAUUACGUUGAUUGUAACAAAUGUGAGAUUUUGUGCUAAAAGUAUCAAUAAUAAAGUGAUAAACUUAAUACAUGUGUUAUCAUUACAGGUGUUUACAUGAUUGGAUGGGUCUGAUCUGAGUUGUCUGUAUGUCUGUUAUCUUAGUAGGGGAUGGACUCCGAAGCAAAGCGCUUGUGCUGCAAACGCAUUGUAGGAGGGUAGUACACUAAGCGGAAAGUUGUGUAAAGGGAUCAUACUCCCUGUAUCUAUAAUUAAUCAAGAUUAUUUGAUUUUAUAUCAAAUAGUAAAUAAUUAAUUUAGGACAGGGUUUUUAAUGUUUGGUAGUUGGGCCGAAGUGUACACAAGGUAUUACAUCAGGAAUAUACAAAGAUGUAUUACGAGUCAAACUGUGUACGAGUUAAUCAUAAAUGUGCACCGGAAGUUAUCCCCCUUUUCAAACCAGCAAAUUGUUGAAACCAGACGCUUUUUUCCCAGCCCACCCACCCCUGUAAUUAUUAGUUGAA